AUGGAUACCAUCAAGCAGGCCGGCAACUACGUCUCUGACAAGGUUCAGAGUGCCACCCACGGUGCUUCCAAGGAGGCCAACAAGGAGACCGCUAAGGACUCCAACGCCCCCGUCGGCACUCGCGCUGAGGCAGGCUACGACGCCCUCAAGGACAAGUCCAAGGAGCACUCCCACGACGCUCAGGCUGAGGCCAACAAGCAGGCUGCUACCCACUAA